AUGUCUCUCAACAAUCUUGCUGCAAACCUUGAGGAGAGAUUUGAGGCGCAGGGAGUCCCAUCGACCUUGAUAUUGCCAUCAAGCUCAAUCGGGGUGCAUUACUCCCCUCCGCCCACCCUUCAUUCUGAUCGAUCUAUGUCUCUCGACAAUCUUGCCGUCAGCCUUGGGGAGAGAUUCGAGCAGUGGGGUGUCCCAUCUGACCUUGAUAGGCCAUUACGCUCCAUCGGGAUGCACUACUCCUCCCCAACCACCCGGUCAUUCAGAUCGAUCCAUCUCUCAGCCAUCUUGCCACCCCUUGGAAACCAGAUUCAUGCAGCGGGUGUUUCAUCCGACCUGGAUGAAGUAUUUCAACUGUUUUUGCAGCUCUCCCACCCAUCACAUGCAGCAUCUACAGACAGUCUUAGUGUUGCCAAAUCAUGGGGCAUCUGCCGACGGCAUGAGCACGACUCUGCAUUGCUUGCCUAUAAGACUGCACUGAAAUUCCUCGAUCAGCAAGUUGCUCUCUUGUCGUCUUCUUCGCGUCAUUUCGACGUCAUCAGUAAGGCUGUUUCUUCCCUUGCCACAGAUGCUUUUUCGUGCAGUGUUCGUUGUGGUGCGCUGACGACUGCUGUGGAAUUAGUGGAGCAAGGCCGUGCAGUAUUCUGGACCCAGUUGGCACGCUUCAGCACACCACUUGAUGAACUUUCUGUUUCAGGUGACACCGGCGCAGCCUUGGCGGAAGAGUUCAAAGAUUGAGCUUUCGCCGUCGUAACGCGUUUGAUCAGUCUACUGAAGACCAGUCUCCGCAAAUACGGAAACUGGCUAUGCAAUGGGAUGACGUCGUCUCACGCAUUCGCACACUUCCCGGUUUUUCCCGUUUUCUCCUGCCUUCCCUGUUCUCCGACCUACAGAGGGCGGCGGAAGAUGGUCCAGUCAUUAUUGUCAAUGCAAGCAAGCAUAGCUGUGAUGUCUUGAUUAUCCUCGCUGCCCAAGAUCCCAUCCACGU